AUGGAAGAAGAACUUCUGGUGCCGUCUAAACCAAGACGGCAGCUACCUCCACUUCAACCUCCUAGAAGACGUAUGUCAUCUUCAUGGACGGAAAAUCUUGAACCAUCCAUGGAAAUCAAAUCACCCCCAGCUGUGAAAUCGCCAGAGGGAAGGCCUGGAUCCUCCAAAACUUUUUUCUCACGUCCUUUAAGUGAGGUGGCACCAUCUCCUGAUGAUGAGGUUUUUGUCACAUCAAAACCAUCUCCGUCUUCCCCACUUGAGCCGAUGGAAACGGAAACGAGAGAAGAAAAACCAGAGAAGAAGGUGCAUAGAAGGGAAUCGAUCAAGGAUCAUCUGCUUAGGUUUAAAAUGAAGGCUGGGAAGGUUCUGGAGGAUGUACACGAUCGACUCACCGAGGAUCAUUCAUCGGUGGCUCCGAUAUCGUCACCUGCUACUCCCUUAGAACUGACUUCAGCAGCGGAUGUGGACGAAUGUUCCUCGAUCGAGGGCCGAGUGAAGAGUCCCACCUUGUCUCAAUCGUCGAAACGUACAUCAACAUCGGCCGAAUUGAAAGCAUCGAUGCGAUCGAAACUUCGAAAACAGGCUGAACAAACUGUGGAACGAAAACGAGGAUCCGUACAGUUGGCUAAACGACUUCAACGACGAUUAACUAUUCACCAAGAGGAAGGACCAACACAGGGCGAACUGCAAUCUGUUGACGAACAAAUCGAACAAUCGUUGAAGAUUGGAGCACGAUUUCUACAGGAACAAGCCUCACUGAAUCCACCUGAUGAUGUUCAGCAAGCAUUUUUCGUGGACGAGUAUGAAAAAGAGCCGGAGCCGAAAGUUCUCGGACCAGUAUUGAGCUAUCGUAGAGCGGAAAUGGUGGAUGAAGACCAACAGGGUCAGCUGACGUACUACGAUUCUCGCCCUCAAGAUUUAGAAGCCAGCAGUGCGAUGACGUCAUCAGCGAUGGAACAACGUCUUUCGUCGGCAUUUUUCGCCAACGGUAAACUUCGUUCUGUUGAUGAAUCGAAUUUUGUGAAACCUCUGAAGACCAUCCAAAGAGAGGAAAUCUCGUACAACUAUGUGAAGGCGGAGCCAUGGGAAGUUUUUGUGGACGAGAUUCGCGGAGGCGAAUACGUUCAAUUGGACGUCUUUUUGGGUACAAUAUGCAUUGAACAACAUCCAUUGAGUGGAGAUGAGGAUAAGAUUGCACUGAAUCUGCGCACACUUUACGAGCAACAACUCCAACGUAUCAAUGAGAUGACGGACACACUAGUGAACAUAGAGAAUCUGCCUACUGGUGAAAACCCGUCCGCUCUACGAGAACAUGUCGAUGUACUGUAUCGAGAUAUACGAAUAGCUGCGGAAGAACUGCAAAGAGAAUACAGUAGACUAGAGAGUUGCCGUGAUCGACAGGGAUACAACGUGUCGGCGUUGAAGUACUCGGUGUAUGAGGAAGACGAGAGCGGUUCCCUCCUUGGAAAACUCACCACGGACAAUCCAGUCACUCCAUUCGCAGCUCUUCCGCAGGCGGAACGUACCCGCAUAGAGUCUCUUAAGAAGAAAUCGCUCCAAGUCAUCCUACAUUUCAAUGACAUCUUCGUUUGUAAGUCGAAAACCGUACCUCUGGAUACUUUUCAAUAUCGAUUCGAUCAAAUCUAUAACUUGGAGAUAGUCUCCGAACCAAAAACGAUCACUGCCACUAUUGUGGAGAAGACUGGAACAGUUAAGAAAACGCUUGCAAAGAUCAACAUCCUGUUGCCUCCGGACGACACUUCCACUGAAAAUUCCCCACCGACUCAGCGUUUAUCUUUCGAAAACGUUGAAAACUCAGUUACCGGUUAUAUCCUUGCCUACGCUAAUUACUCUGGUGAGACUCGAGCCAGACGGAGGGAGAGCGCUGCUGCAGCGGCAGUAGAGAUCAAGGAAGAUACACCAUUCUCAUUUAUACCGCCAGGUGUACGAUUGAUCUCUGAUGAGGAAUUUGAGUCGAAUCCUAGAUGGGAGGCGUUGGAGCGGAGAUCAGCGAAACGCAAUGAGACGGGGAGGAUCCCCAUUGAUGCUUCCGACAUGGACGUCAUUUCCGGUGUCCGUAGUGAAGAUCGUCGUCAUCGAGCAUCAUUUCGCACCGCCAUAGACGGAAUGCGAGCGUUAGGAGUUGCGCACGCUGUAAAACUGAGGACCCGGUUACUGGAAAGGGAACAGGACGCUUCGACGCUGUUAUACUCAGAAAUUGUCCGCGAAGAGCCUUUACCGGGUCUUUUCGGCGCUAUCGGCUCACUUUGCGGUCCAGCAGAUCUUUCCAGAAAAUUGAAACCGAUGAGAGUCGUACAGACAAGACAACAGAAUUUCUCGCCGUCAUCCUUGAAUCUGGUGGUGAAUGUGCAGGCGGCGACGAAUCUGCCGACAAGGGCAGACGGCAAGCUGCAUUCUGUGGUUGAGGUCAGCUUCCAGGACAACGUCAAGGUAACGCCAUCCGUAUCCGGAAAACAUCCAAACUGGCAACAUGGUGUGUCGCUAUCAGUGAAGGAUACCAGUGAUCCAAAAUCAAUAAUCGAUUGUAUCCAGCUGAAUGUGUAUGAUCAGAGAUUGUGGGUAUCGAUCGACUUGACGUUGAAGGCAGUGAUCGGGGGAAUUUUUGAGGUUAGGGUCUCUACAAGAUGGAAGGAGCUGGGAGUAGUUACCAAGUAG